UUCCUAUGUACGUAUAGAAACGUGUUUUAAUACGUACAAGUAUCCAGAUUUUUCUAUUAAAAGUUAUCUGAUUCUACCUUUCUUCUAAGUUUCUUGUAGUCAUCUUACUAACUUAACAAAAAUCAACGUUAAUUUUACAAAAAGCACUAUAGUGCUUUUUAGUGAUUUGCACAAACGAAAAUUUUGAAGCUUGUCAUUGCGACGAGUCUGAUCGUUCUAGUGUUAAACUAAACAAUUUUCAAAAGUGAAAUUACAUAGAAACGUAUAUCUUUCUAAUAUAAAUUCAACUUAUCGUACGAACUAAGUCUCUUUUAUUUUUAUCAUUUCCGCGUCUUUCUCAUACGCAACAAUAUUUCACUCUUUCUUCCAGAACACUAUAUCGUAGUGUGAUCCAAAUUUCUGUUAUUAGAUUCAUUGACCGUUAUGAGUCCUGCGUCAUUUCAAAUCACUUUUUUAUUUCAGGACAAUGACUGGCUUCAAGAUACUGUUCGCAUGUUUGACGUUAAUUGUCCUUCUGCAUCCAUCAGUUCAAGCGGGGCGCACUAAAGCAACCUCGAAUGUGCCCUUGCGUCCACCAUACUGUGGUUUCAGCAACGUUACGCAUACCAGGGUGGUUGGUGGUAGACCAGCUAAACUCGGUGCUUGGCCAUGGAUGACUGUAGUAGGUUUCCGUAAUUGCUCAAUCCCAAAUUGGGUAACAGAAUGGCUGUGCGGCGGUACCCUAAUAUCGGCUAGGCAUGUUUUGACCGCAGCACAUUGUGCAGAUGAGGGAGAUUUGUACGUGGUUCGUAUUGGGGACUUAAAUCUAAAACGAGAUGACGACGGAGCGCAUCCCAUUGAAGUAGAAGUCGAAUCUAUACUAAUACAUCCCGAUUAUUCUCCUGAGUUGAACAAUAAUGAUAUUGCUAUUCUUAAACUGAAGGAAAAUGUUCCAUUUUCGGAGUACAUACGUCCCAUUUGUCUCCCCAUAGAGAAAUCUCUUCGAAAUAAAAACUUUGUGGGCUAUAACCCCUUCAUUGCUGGAUGGGGAGCAUUAAAAUUUAAUGGAACACGUACUAACGCAUUAAUGGAACUACAACUGCCAGUGGUUACCAACGCCGCAUGCGCGCGAGCUUAUGAUGAUUUCGACGUAGAUAUCACCAAUAAAGAAAUAUGCGCCGGUGGAGACCCUCGGGGUGGGAAGGAUGCUUGUGGAGCUGACAGCGGAGGACCACUGAUGAUACCACAGCAAUUCACCUACUAUCAAAUAGGUAUUGUGUCAUCUGGUCAUCAGUGCGCCGUACCUGGUUAUCCGGGCAUUUACACUAGAGUCACGUCGUACCUCGACGACUUCAUUCUCCCAGUGUUGCAAUAUUAUUACCUUGGUGACAUUUUGAUUAUGAAGAAUCAUCCCUACAUUUGCUCAGAGUCAGAUUAUGAUGGUUACGUGGUUGGAAUAAAAGGACCUCAAUUUGAUGAUAUUCUUAGGAAGUUAGAUAAUAUAACUAGGUAUCUUCACAAUAAGAUAGAAUACCAUGGUUUACAUGAUCUUAAUGUUGUUCAUUUGAGUGAUCAUGGAAUAGCAACUGUUAAGUUAGACAGGAUAAUAGAUCUAACAAAGUAUAUUAACAGCUCUGAUUACAAAUUUGUUGGUACCUCCCCAAGAUUACACAUUUUCUCCAAUUCUGGAUCAAUUAAAGUUGCACUUGUCACACAAGUACUUAGAGGGAAGUUGGUACAAUUGUAUCAUAUUUUUCCAAGAAUGGUGAGAUCAAUAACGGACUGCAAAAUGUUGUUUGCAUAUUUGGCGUUAAUUACUCUCCUACAUCCAUUAGUUCACAUGGUGUCUGCCGAAGAAUGUACAACACCGAACAAUCAAACAGGCAACUGCCUCAACAUUAAAACAUGUAAGCCUCUGCAAGAAAUACUGCAGACACAGGGCCAUACAGCGACCGAUUUUUUGAGGCAAUCACUGUGCAGAUAUGAGGGCCAUGAUCCGAUCGUUUGCUGCCCAAACAAUCCAAACAAGGAGAAGAGAGGGAUUUUAAUAGAAACUGUGUAUAAAUAUGUGCCCUUGCGUCCACCAUACUGUGGUUUUAGCAACGUCGCGCAUACCAGGGUGGUUGAUGGUAAACCAGCUAAGCUUGGUGCUUGGCCAUGGAUAGUUGCAUUAGGUUUUCGUAAUCCCCAAAAUCCAGACGCCGAACCAGAAUGGAAGUGCGGAGGUUCCCUGAUAUCGGCUAGGCAUGUUUUGACCGCAGCACAUUGUGCAAUACGCAGUGAUUUAUAUGUGGUUCGUAUCGGGGACUUAAAUCUAAAACGAGAUGACGAUGGAGCGCAUCCUAUUCAAAUGGGAUUCGAAUCUAAACUAAUACAUCCUGGUUAUAUUCCCAAUAUACACAAUCAUGAUAUUGCCAUUCUUAGAUUGAUGGAGGAGGUGCCAUUUUCGAAGUACAUACAUCCCAUUUGUCUCCCCAUAGAGGAGUCCCUACGAAAUAACAACUUCGUGGGCUAUACUCCCCUUGUUGCUGGAUGGGGAGAAUUAAGAUAUAGAGGACCACGAAGUGAUGUAUUAAUGGAAGUACAAGUGCCAGUGGUUAGGAACGCCGAAUGCAAGAUAGCUUAUUCCAAAUUUCCUAAUGCACCUAUCACUGAUGGUAUAAUAUGCGCCGGAUAUGCUCAGGGUGGAAAGGAUGCUUGUAGGGGUGACAGCGGCGGACCACUGAUGAUACCACAGCGAUUAACCUUCUACCUAAUAGGUGCUGUGUCUUAUGGUCGUGCAUGCGCUGUAUCUGGAUAUCCUGGUGUUUACACUAGGAUCACGUCGUACCUCGACGACUUCAUUCUCCCAGCGUUGCAUUAAUACGAUUAUUACUGUUCCAUAAAUAUCAUAUUUCGUGUACGAAAAGUAAAGUUGGAUUUUCUUAUUAUGAAGAUAAGAGACAGCUCAAAUUUAUAUUGUUUUAUACGUUACAAAUUAGAGCCUUAAAAUGCACGAAAUGUAACUUUGAAACGACACUAAUUUUUUACGCACGGUAAAUCUCCACGACUUAGCUACGUAAAGAUGAUGAACAUUAAUUAAAUUUCUACUAAUUAUAUUUAAAUUAAUUUUGAUAAGAAUAAACCAACUCUCUGAAGGUUUCUAUAAAUUUUGUUUGUGAUGUAUCAAGAGAAUAAUUAAAUAUUCCACUUAGAACGUAUACUCCUUGUAUGUACAUACAAAAUUUCGGACUACUCUGCAACAUUUCAUAAGAUAGAGAGCUUCUAGAGGUUCGGACACAAAGUCCAUAAAAUACAAGAUAAGUCUCGCGUCUUCCAAAACUAUUUUUUAUUCGCUAAAAAUAUCCUGUGUACUCACGCAAUCACGUGCAACCUCGAAGAGAAAUUGCCAUUCAGCCAAAGGUAUACUUACACAUUACAGAUACUUACGAGACAUAAAUUCCCAAAA